CCUGCUAUUUAUGCCAUCUUUAUGGUUUUAAUUCCCCCCAGAAGUUUAAGAUUUUGUGAACUCGUAAAUACUGUCAGCUGCACCAGAUCGUUUAGUUUAUAGGAGUUUACUGUAUUUAUUUUUGCCGUUUUGAAAUUAUCAAUUGAUAUGGCAGUUUAGUGUUGAUAGAUUUAGGAUUGUUUAUAAUCUUCGCAUUUCUAAAUUCCUUUGGAAGUUUUGGAGCGUUUGAAACUUCGAAGUUAAGAAGCAAACGAGGUUAUGAAAUGUUUCACUUACUGGAAUGGAACUACAUUGCAAGUGUAUCUAUUUGCGAGCUCCUAUAGAAACUUUGUGACAAUACAUAAACAAUGCGUUAAGUUCCAUAUAAAUUGCAGCAAUCAUCAUGGAAAACUGCAAUUCGAAGCUUCCUGUACAUUAUGUCAUUCAUUAAGCUAGAAUCAUUUUGGAAACUUAUAAAACAAGAGGCUCUUAUUUUUAUUUCUGCCUGUCUUGAAAGGUUUAUAACCAGAGACUCUUGCAGGAAAGAGAAUAUAAUCGAAAUCAGAAAUCUGGAAGAAGAAGAUUACUUCAUAAUUCUUGAUGGAAGUUGGUUUCCCGUAAAAAACGAUACAACUUAAAAGCAGGGGCCAAACAUGAAGAUAACUAUGAAGAAAUGUGGAAUUUCUAUCGAUGGAUGAGAAGACAAUGAUAGUCUGAUUGAGGGCCUUAUUCCUCAGCUAUUUACUUCUGUAUCGGUUCUCAACGAGGCUGCUUCUUAUGUGGCACAAACAACUUCAUACUUUACUGGCUGUUUUUCUGAUUCUUCUGUUUUAUGGUGAUUUGGUCUCAGUUGACCCUGGGCUUAGAGACCCUAGGAGUUCUGCAUUACAUGAAGAGGAAUUAGUGACGUUUUCUUCCAGAGAGUCUGCAGUAACGACAGCCAGAACUAAUGGAAAUCAAAACUCUAGUGCUACACAAUCAAUAAUUUCUGAAUCAGAUGUAGCUGCAAUUGCUGCUCCCCCUGUAUAUACUGAAGUUUCAAGGACCAGAAUUGAAGAACCAUCUGGCCAUAGUGGUGGUCUCCAGUUGUCAAAUAACACUGGUCGGAGUGGCAUGUCAAUUUUUCAAGGCCUUAUUGAUCGAGCUUUGAGGACAGUACGCGGAUCUGCAGAUGAUAUAGGGUGGCUUCAAAGUGCAUCUGGAAUGCCUUCGGUUGAAGAUGGAACUGAUAGGUUUAUGGAAAUUUUGGAAGAUAUCAGGCAUGGUAUUCACAAAGUACCUAAUUCAGUGGUUUACUUGCUGGUUCCAGGGCUUUUCAGCAACCAUGGACCACUGUAUUUUGUUGAUACAAAAACGAAAUUCUCAAAGAUGGGUCUGACCUGUCAUAUUGCCAAGAUUCAUAGUGAGGCUUCAGUGGAGAGGAAUGCAAGAGAGAUCAAAGACUAUGUUGAAGAAAUAUAUUGGGGUUCUGGAAAACGUGUAUUAAUUCUUGGGCACAGCAAAGGGGGAGUAGAUGCAGCAGCUGCCUUAUCGUUGUAUUGGUCUGAUUUGAGAGAAAAAGUUGCCGGCUUGGCAUUAGCUCAAAGUCCAUAUGGCGGUAGUCCAAUAGCCUCUGAUAUCUUGCGGGAAGGACAGCUUGGUGACUAUGUGAACGUACGGAAGCUUAUGGAGAUUUUGAUUUGUAAAGUGAUGAAGGGCGACAUGCAAGCUCUCGAAGAUUUAACGUAUGAUAGGAGGAAGAAAUUUCUAAUGCAGCAUCAGUUGCCAGAAGAACUCCCUGUGGUAUCAUUCCACACUGAAGCCAGCAUUUCACCUGCUGUUUUAGCCACCUUGUCCCGUGUUGCUCAUGCAGAACUACCAGCCCCACUCUCUACUGCAGAAGCUGCAAAACUCCCCGUAGUGGUACCGCUGGGAGCUGCAAUGGCAGCCUGCGCACAGCUGCUGCAGAUGCGCUACCGCGAGAAGAGUGAUGGACUUGUAACUUGCCGUGAUGCUGAAGUCCCCGGAUCCACUGUGGUGCGUCCAAAGCGCAAGCUAGAUCAUGCCUGGAUGGUUUAUUCGUCUCUCUAUGACGACGCUUCCGAAGCAGAUGCAUCUCAGGUGUGUGAGGCACUUUUGACAUUGCUUGUUGAAGUUGGGCAAAAGAAAAAACACGAGUCGACGAAUAAGGAUGAGUAAUAGCAUUGACGUCGGCUCUGUUUGCUUCAAUUUUUCAUCCUCCUAGUAUUUUGUGUAGGUGAGAACGGAAUUUUUUCUGUAUAUAAUUUGGCUUGAGAUAUCACUACCUUUGAUGGGUCGCGAUAGUUACAGUAUUAUUGAAGCCGCGAGGACUCCGCAGACAGAUAGCAACAAAUUAGAUAGAAAAAAUAGGCGAUGCUUGAAGAGCAGUAAAAACCAUCGUGUAUUGGGUCAUGUAGACCCACAUUGGUGAAGCAGGUUGAUCGUUUAUGCCUAAAUCAGUAUUUUUGUAGUUUGA